GAGGGCCCAUCAAGAAACCUCACUCUCUCCCCGUUCUUUCUCUUAAAAUCUCAUUCACUGCGUUUAUUUCUCCUUCGUCAAUUUCACUCGUGAUUAUUAUUUCUGUUUGACCAUGGCGACAAGGAUGGCUGUUAGAUAUGUUUCUAGAAGGUUCUCAAGUGGUGGCCGGAUGCUUAGUGAGGAGGAGAAAGCUGCUGAAAAUAUUUACAUCAAGAAAAUUGAGCAAGAGAAACUGGAGAAGCUUGCAUGCAAGUUUAGCAUUUCCGGAAACCACCGACGGCAGUUCCUGCCAAUAUCCUUCAACAUGUUUAAAGCUGCGAUUAGAUACUUCUCAACAAAACCAAAGCCAAAAAUGAAACCAAUAGAGCUGAAAUCGCCACCAGAGCAGACGCAGACAAUAACAAGAGCAAUUUUUGACAUUGUCAAAGAACACGGCCCGCUUACUGUUUUCGACACUUGGGAAAAACUCCAGCAAGUUGGCCUGAGAGAAUUGAAAGGAAAAAACCAUAUGAAAAUAGUAUUGAGAUGGAUGAGACAAAGACAGAAGCUGAGACUUAUAUGCAAUCACAUAGGGCCUCACAAGCAAUUUCUUUACACAACUUGGUUAACGAAACCCACCUUCAAGAAUGCUAAAGCAAAGAAUUAUCCUUCAUCGCCAAAGUUCCUUUGAGAUUGUAGAAUUUCUACUCCCUUGAAAAGCUUGUACAGCAUAGGAAGAACGAUCUUUUCCGUGCAGUCUGUUAGAAUUAUGGAAGCAUUUAUGCGGAACAAGAUGCGACAACUAUCUGAGAGCUGCUUCACUGGACAUUUUUAUCACUUGCGCGAAUAGAGCAGGUACAGUUUGCUUGGUUAUCUGCCUGUCGGCCAAUUCUUUUCGAGCUUGAAAAUAAUGGAAUAUGUCUAGCUCUUGGAGGUGAGGAGUCCUCGCUUUCUUUUCUUAGGAAGGUGAGUUCCAACGUUGUUAAAGUAUGUAUGUAACUGAAUAUAUGUUUGAAAAGAAUCAAAUCGAUUUUGAAAAAUUGUAUUAGAUUUCCAA